CCAUUUCGUAUGCCACCGAACACUUCUGCGAUACCACUCCGCCGCCUAUUCAGCACCUCAGCCGCCGCACAUGCCACUUUGAAGCCUCCUAGAGCGUCUACCAUAAAUCCCCCUGAUGUGAGGAGCACGGCAGCCUUGGGAGUAUUACAACCACUGACAUCUUCAGAGUCGCUGCAUCGUGCUGAGGUUCUAAGUGCCCUCCCGGGAGUUACUCUUAAAUCAACCGAAGUGGCAGAGGAAGAUGAGCUAGAAGCAGUAGUCGAGAAUUUGCUGGUCCAGGUUGAUCGCGAUGGAGAUUCAUUAACUACUUUACAGUGUAUUGCAGUUCUCAAGGAGUUGACCAAGACCGUGGAAAGUGCGGAAACAGCAACUAGAAAUAUGUUAUCUGAUGGGAGGCUACAGCACUUAGUCAACAGAACAGUCUCGAUAGCUACUGCGGAAAGCGCAUCGUUGAAAUGGUCGGACGUGAUUGCUCUGAUGGAAAGUUUCGUGAAGUUGCGUUUGAGAGCCCCACUGCGAGAUGUAACUCCAAUAUGUUUUCGCUUUAUGAAAAAUGUGGAGCCAGCAGAGAUGAAAGAAAAAUUACGACAGGCUGGUCGCACUCUGCAACUACUCGGCCAAGGCAUGGUCUACCACCCCGAAGUUUUCGAUUUCACAUGCCACAGCGCUGAGCGUGCUAAACUGAUGGACCCUCACACGAUGGCUCUGGUUCUUUAUGAGGCCGGUCGUCAUGGAUUGCGAACUAAACAUUACACUGAUGUUAUUGUUCCUGCAGCAGCGGAAUUAGCACCGAAUAUGUCGUUGGAAGAUCUGCGUUUGUCUAUGCGUGGGCUGAUGAGAUUUGUAAAGGACUGGAGGGCAUUUUUCGAUGUGAUCUGCAUCAAGAGUAGUAGAGUACACGAUGAGCUCUCUAAUAUGACGAAUGAAUCAUUGAUAAUGCUGAUGAGAGUUUGUAAAGAACUGAAAGCCUCCAGAAAAUACAACGAUACUCACAAGGACAUUGCCGAUGAGAUAUCACAGCGCUUGAGUCGAAGAGAGUUCAGCAGCGAGGAGCAAGGCAUGGUGUCAAUGUAUAUGGACAAGGACACUAGGUACCCGCCAGCGGUGUAUGAUCUCGCAUAUGCAAUUCAAAAAGAUCUAGCCCGACAGGUACCUCUACGUGUUGCUGAAUCGUGUGUGGACGUGUCGGUAGGAGUGCGAGAGCUACUCUCUGUUACUGACAUCGUGGAUCUGCUGGACUGCUGGGCGUCGUGGAAUCUACCGGUUGAGCACAGACUGUGGGAGGCACUGUUGAAUGACUUAGCAUUGUGUCGGCUAUCGGAGAUCAAGUAUAGUCCGAAUAUUAGUCUGUGGUCGGGAGUGACAUUAUCGUGCAGCAAGGUAUGUUCGUGGGGGUUUGUAUUGUACGGUCUCCCAGUCCAACAGGAUAAGUUCAGGGAUGCUAAUCUAAAGGUCCCUGGAUCGAAUCCUAGUUGCUUCUGGUCUUUGUGA